AUGACGGAGCAGAAGACCAAAUCGACUACUAGGGGCUACCUCUACAAGGAUGCCGGUCCCCAAAAUACUGCAAUGGGUUCAGAACAUCCUGGGAAAAUUCCAAGUUUUGAAAAUAUGUAUGAAAAGAGGAAAUGGAUCAAGCAGCAUAUGGCUGCGGCAUUUAGAGUCUUUGCUAGGUGUGGAUUCACUGAGGGAACAGCUGGCCACAUUAGUGUCAGAAAUCCUAUCGAUGAGCAUACAUUUUGGAUUAAUCCUUUAGGAAUUCAUUUCAGUUUAAUUAAAGCAUCAGAUAUGGUUCGUGUUGAUUAUCACGGUAAUAUUGUUGAAGGUGAGAAUAAAGCCAUCAUUAGAGCAGGGUUUGCAAUACAUUCUUCUCUUCAUCAAGCUAGACCAGACGUGCAUGCUGCCUGCCAUUGCCAUACAGUUGAUGGAAAGGCUUAUUCCACGAUCUGUCGGCCACUUGAAAUGUUGAACCAGGAUGUGUGUGCCUUUUAUAAGGCACAUGCUGUAUAUGACGACUUUGGGGGUGUCGCAAUGGAACUUGACGAGGGCAUAGCGAUCGCUAGAGCUCUAGGAGAUGGUAGGGGAGCCAUUUUAAGAAACCAUGGCCUAAUAACUGUCGGAAGAACUGUUGACGAAGCUGCAUAUUUAUUGAUGUUGAUGGAUAAAUCAUGUCGAAUUCAGAUGCAAAUAGAUCAAUACUGUGCAGUCACAGGCUUCAAAAAACACUUAAUAGGUGAUGAAGAAGCAAGCUACACGAAACACAUGCAAGCAGACUACGAGACCCUCUUUGCAGAAUUUCAGCCUGAAUAUAACGCCGAGCUUACUCAUUCCGGAGGUGAUUUCUUAGGUUAA